AUGCGCAAAGCCCAACACAUCCGGACUCUUCUUGCCUUCGCGGGAGUGGAGUGGGAGGAUAAAAUCUACCAAUUGGAACCCCCUAAUGGGCCCGGAAGGCAGGCCUGGGCCAGAGACAAGAAGGACGGACUCGGCCUGCAUUUUCCCAAUUUGCCGUACUUCGUAGACGGGGAGCUGAAGAUGUCGCAGUCGUUGGCCAUUCUCCGUUAUUUGGGAAGGAAGCAUGGCCUCUACGGAAAGACAGAUAAAGAAUUAUGUCGACAAGACAUGGUCGAACAACAACAUGGUGAUUUCAUGAUGGACAUGGGGCACGUUGUCUAUACUGCUUUCACGCUGGAAGCAAAAUCCAAUUAUCUGAAGGAAACGCUUCCGACACAUUUGGAUCUCUUCACGAAAUUCAUCGGCGAUCGCAGCUGGCUCGUCGGCGAUCGACUGACGUAUGUGGAUUUCCUGUGGUACGAAAUCCUGGACAGACAGCUGUAUCUUGACCCGGAAUGUUUCAAGGACUUCCCUGCCGUUCGAGAUUUCAUGGACCGAUUCGAAAACCUGCGGAACGUCAAAGAGUACUUGAGGUCGGAUAAGUUCCAGAAGUGGCCCCUGUUUGGGCCUCGGGCUCUAUGGGGAUACAAGGAAGAAGACAUGAAGCUUCGAUUCCCCAACGGCUGA